GGGUAAGAAAUAAAUAAUUAAAAUGUGAACUUAGAAAUUCUUCAUAAUUUUUUUUCUCCGUGUUGAAAAUUUGUCAUCAAAGCUCCGUCUUUAAUGGUCCUGAAGCUUAAGGUUUUAAUCUUUGUUUAAUAUUUCAGGUUGUCUCUUUGACACACCAUGAAGGAGAAGAGAGCACUUUUUCUUAGUUUUUGGUUUUAACUUCUCUCACUUGGUUUUAACUUUUCUCACUCUCUAAUGUCUCCACAGUGUUCAUGUGAUCCAGAAAUUCUGUGUUGUGUGCUCAAGUUACAAUUUUGCAUGCAAGAUUUGAGGUGGGUAUUUUGUGGAGUAGCCAUUGGAGGUGAAAUGAAGCUCUAUUGUUACUAGUUUUAGUUUUGAGUAGUUUGUUUCAAAUGGUUGUGUUCUUCUUUUUACAACCAGUUUGCAGCAACAAGAAGAAGAAGACCACAGAUCUAGAAUGAGAAUUCAGCUUUUUUUGUCAUUGGUUUUCUCGGUUUUGACACUUGUUUUAAGUGUCACUGACUCUGGAGAUGUUGAUAUUCUGGACCAGUUCAGGAAGAAUUUGGAGAAUCCAGAGCUCUUGCAGUGGCCUGAAAAUGGUGACCCUUGUGGCCCUCCAAGUUGGAAACAUGUGUAUUGUUCAAAUUCAAGGGUAACUCAGAUUCAAGUUCAGAGUGUUGGGUUGAAAGGGCCUCUGCCUCAGAACUUGAACCAGCUCUCCAACCUGGAAAAUCUUGGCCUGCAAAAAAAUCAGUUCAGUGGCAAGUUGCCAAGUUUUAGUGGCUUGUCAAGUCUAAAGUUUGCAUAUUUGGAUAACAAUGGAUUUGAUUUCAUUCCUGGAGAUUUCUUUGAUGGUCUUGUGAGUUUGGAGGUCUUAGCAUUGGAUAAUAAUAAUUUUAAUGCUUCUACAGGGUGGUCUUUUCCUGAGGGAUUGAAAGAUUCAGUACAAUUGACCAAUCUUUCUUGUAUGAACUGUAAUUUGGUUGGUCCAUUACCUGCUUUUCUUGAGGAGUUUUCUUCUUUAAGAAACUUGAAACUUUCAGGCAAUAAUUUGUCAGGUGGAAUUCCAGAGAGCUUUAAAGACUUAAACCUGGUGAAUCUUUGGUUAAAUGAUCAGCAAGGUGGUGGGUUCAGUGGUCCAAUUGAUGUGGUGGCCAAUAUUGUUUCACUUCAGACUCUUUGGCUUCAUGGGAACCAGUUCACAGGAACAAUUCCAGAGAAUAUUGGUAAUUUAACUGCCUUGAAAGAUCUCAAUUUAAAUUCUAACAAACUUGUUGGCCUAAUUCCUGCAAGCUUAGCAAGUAUGCCAUUAGACAACUUAGAUUUGAACAAUAACAUGUUAAUGGGUCCAAUCCCUGAGUUUAGAGCAAACAAGUCUUCUUUUAGUUCAAAUUCAUUCUGUCUACCAACUCCAGGACCCUGCGUCCCAGAAGUUAUGGCUCUGAUUGAGUUCCUUGAUGGGUUGAACUACCCUCAAAAGCUUGUUGCUUCAUGGUCUGGCAAUAAUCCUUGCUCAUGGUUUGGAUUGGCUUGUGAUCACAAUAACAAAGUUGAUCAUUUGAAUUUGCCUAGUUGUAAUCUUAGUGGCACCCUGAGUCCUUCAGUUGCAAGGCUAGAUUCCCUUACUCAGAUUAGCCUUCAGUAUAAUAAUCUAACAGGUCCAAUUCCAACAAAUUGGACUAGUUUGAAAUCUUUGAAAUUGUUGAAUCUCAGUGGAAACAACAUUUCUCCUCCACAACCUAAAUUCAGUGACUCUGUGCACCUGAUCAUUGAAGGAAAUCCUUUAUUGAAUAGAAAUCAGUCUGGGACAGUUCCUGGAGGAAGUCCAUCCACGAGUCCGGGUUCAUCCGACGACCCAUCUGCUCCAACCAAAGGCUCAAGAUCUGGUGCAGCUAACACUUCUGUUGAACCAACCAAACCAAAGGGCUCCAAAAGAGUUGUUGUGGUAGCAAUUGUAGCCCCGGCUGCAAGUGUUGCAGUGGUUCUUCUUCUGGCAGUUCCUUUAUAUAUCUAUUGCCGUAAGAAUAGAAAUGACACAUUGCAGGCUCCAAGUUCUCUUGUAAUUCACCCAAGAGAUCCAUCUGAUUCGGAUAGUAUUGUUAAGGUUGUUGUUGCUAAUGGAAGCACUUUAACUGUAACUGGGAGUCGUUCUGCAAGCAUAAACAGCAGUGGGAUUGGUGACUCUCAUGUUAUUGAAACUGGAAAUCUGGUAAUAUCAGUUCAAGUUCUUCGAAAUGUGACAAAGAAUUUUGCCUCAGAGAAUGAGCUUGGCCGUGGAGGUUUUGGUGUAGUUUACAAGGGAGAAUUAGAUGAUGGAACUAAAAUAGCUGUGAAAAGAAUGGAAGCCGGUGUCAUUAGCAGCAAAGCCUUGGAUGAGUUCCAGGCUGAGAUAGCUGUUCUUUCAAAGGUCCGGCAUCGACAUUUGGUAUCUUUGUUGGGAUAUUCUGUUGAAGGCUAUGAAAGAAUUCUUGUCUAUGAGUACAUGCCUCAAGGGGCUCUAAGUAAACAUCUUUUCCACUGGAAGAGCUUAAAAUUGGAGCCUCUCUCUUGGAAAAGGAGGCUAAAUAUCGCCUUGGAUGUUGCCAGAGGAAUGGAGUAUCUUCAUACUCUAGCUCACCAGAGUUUCAUUCAUAGAGACCUUAAAUCUUCAAAUAUCUUACUUGGUGAUGAUUUCAGAGCAAAAGUAUCGGACUUUGGGUUGGUGAAACUUGCUCCUGAUGGUGAAAAAUCCGUUGCCACAAGGCUUGCUGGGACUUUCGGAUACUUGGCACCAGAAUAUGCUGUGAUGGGAAAGAUCACAACAAAAGCAGACGUUUUCAGUUUUGGGGUUGUGUUAAUGGAGCUCUUGACGGGAUUAAUGGCUCUAGAUGAGGGCAGGUCAGAGGAAACCCAGUACUUAGCAGCCUGGUUCUGGAACAUAAAAUCAGACAAGGAGAAGCUGAGGGCAGCCAUUGAUCCGGCCUUAGAUGUGAAAGAUGAAACAUUUGAGAGCAUCUGCACCAUCGCCGAACUUGCUGGGCACUGCACCUUAAGAGAGCCCAGUCAGCGGCCAGAUAUGGGGUAUGCUGUGAAUGUGCUAGCGCCACUUGUGGAAAAAUGGAAACCGUUGGACGAUGAUCCUGAGGAUUAUUGUGGCAUUGAUUACAGCCUCCCUCUGAACCAAAUGGUAAAGGAUUGGCAGGAAGCUGAAGGGAAGGACUUAAGCUAUAUGGACCUAGAAGACAGCAAAGGUAGUAUCCCUGCAAGACCAACUGGUUUUGCAGAAUCUUUCACUUCUGCAGAUGGUAGAUAAAAAACAGUAUUUCUAUGGCUUUCUUGGACACAAUCUUCCUUCAGUAGUUGUAAAUAGCUCGCUCUGUUCUACAUCUUUGAGAAUUCAAAGUCAAUUUGUUGUUGUUGUUGUUAUUCUAGAUACAAUGGAGACUUUAGAUGCUAAAGAGGGAUUUUAAACCUUCAGUUGUGAGAUUUUACAUGCAAUGGUGAUGUAGAUAGGGAGCCCAGAUGAAUGAGAACUGUUUAUUAUUUAUGAAUUCAUUCCUAUUUCUUA